AUGCUAGAGCUGUGUACAGUAUAUUUGGAUCAUGCUGGAGCAACUCUGUAUGCUAAAAGUCAAUUGGAAGCCUGCUUCGAAGAUUUAUCAACACAUCUUUAUGGCAAUCCCCACAGCAGAAAUCCCAGCAGUAAAUUUAGCACAGAUACAAUUGAUCAAACUAGAGAAUUGAUACUGAACCAUUGUACUGAUUCUGAUCAUUACGACAUUGUAUUUACUUCAGGUUGUACUGCAUCACUUAAACUGUUAAGCGAAAUAUUUCCAUGGAAUGGAGAAAACAAAGCGUCAACUGUUUUAAGUUCUAGUGAUGAUCCAGCUAAAAUAGACAGUACUGUAUUAUACAUAUCGGUAGACAAAUUGGAUCCUCAGCAAGGUCUGACUGGAAACCGGAGUAUCUUCUGCUAUUUGGAAGAUAAUCACACUUCUGUGAUAGGAAUGAGAGAGAUUGCUAAUCAGAAUGGUGCUAAAAUAGUCUGCAUAACAGACAAUGCCAUUAUAAUGGGAACCAAAGAAACUGCCCCAUUCUCGGACACCUUUCCAACAGCUGGACCACCAUUAUAUCACUUAUUUGCAUAUCCAGCACAAAGUAACUUUUUCAGGUCAAAGUAUCCACUUUUGUGGACAACUAGACUUCCUAAUAAGGAGGUCAGUAUCACAGGCCUACAGUCAGUAAAGGGAGUAUGGUUAGUCUUGUUAGAUGCUGCUAGCUAUGUAUCUACUAACCCAUUGGAUUUAAAGCAGUAUCCUGCUCAUUUUGUGACAAUAUCUUUCUACAAGAUAUUUGGUUUUCCUACUGGUCUUGGAGCGCUAUUAAUACGUCAUGACAUAGGAGAGCUCCUCAGAAAGACAUACUUUGGCGGUGGGACUGUACUCACAUCAAUAGCCCGAAACAGAUUCCAUCAACCACGACCAUUGCCACAUGAAAGAUUUGAGGAUGGUACAGUUUCAUUCCUAGACAUUGCAUCUCUCAGACAUGGAUUUGAGACUUUAAAGAGGUUUGGUCUCACGAUGCAGUUAAUCAGUGAACACACCUUUCAAUUAGCACAGCUGGUAUACAAUGAAAUGGUUGCCUUAAAACAUAGCAAUGGACGAUCUUUAUGCGUUUUUAUAUCACAGAGAAAACUUCAGUGAUAUAGCUAAACAGGCGCCAUUUUGGCAUUCAAUCUUCUAAGAUCUGAUGGCAGUUUCAUUGGCUAUAGUGAAGUCGACAAGUUAGCAUGUGUAUAUAAUGUUCACCUUCGUACUGGUUGUUUUUGUAACCCUGGUGCUUGUCAGUAUUAUUUGGGAUUGAAUUCUGAUCAAAUAUUGAAUAAUUUCAAGGCUGGUCAUACAUGUGGUGAUGAUAUUGACUUAAUUAAUGGGUAUCCCACUGGUUGUGUUCGUAUUUCAUUUGGUUACAUGAGCACAAAACAAGAUGCUAUAACAUUCCUAGAUUUUAUCAAGACAUGUUUUAUAAACAUGGAAACCAUUAAUCAAGAUGGUAGUACUAUAGUUGCAACAGAUAUGGAGCAAUUGAAAAUUGUAAACUGGGAGAAGCUUAUACUCUAUCCAGUUAAGAGUUGUGGAAAAUUUGAGGUGGAGUUUUGGCCUGUGGGUAAAAGAGGACUCUUAUGGGACAGAGAAUGGAUGGUAGUCAACGAGAUAGGGGCAUGCCUUAGUCAGAAACAAGAGCCAAAAUUAGCUCUCAUCAAGCCAUCUUUUGAUAUAGAAACUAACAAACUAACUUUGAAAUUUACUGGUGUCCCUCAAUAUGAUUAUGAUUUUGUAGACGUGUCUUCUAAAGAAUAUAAAAAGCGACAAAGACUGGCUCGUAGAAAAACGAGGGCGACGACCAAUCACAGUCACUUUGGGGAACUUGCGCUACAAAAAUACCUCAAUCCCACGGAAGAAGUAAUCGCUCGGUGGCCGGAGUUUCAGUCACAGUUAGAGAAUGUUCUCAGUCUAGUUUCAGUUACUGGGACAGGAUUCUCAGCUCUAGUCGCAGUGGGUUCAGGCACAGUUUGCAGGGAUCUCCCGUCUCAGUUCCUGUUACAGGGGAAGAAUAAUCGUCUCAGUGGCAGGAGUUUUCAGUCACAGUUGCAGAGGUCUCAUUCUCAGUUCGGGCAGGGCUUCAGGCUCCCGGAACAGGAGUCUCAGUUUCAGGUUAUAGGUUUCAAUCUCAGAUGUAAGCCUAUGGAUGGUUCUCAGGAAGAGAAAAUAUUUGGAUAUUUUGAUGGGUAUCUUAAAGACUGA